CUUUUCACACAUGAUGGAACAUACUGGACCACAACCCAAAGAAUAAAUGGGGAACAGAUCGGUUCCUACUUUGGUGCAGAGUUGUGCUCAGUAGAUGUCAACUCAGACGGUAACACUGAUUUCCUGCUGGUAGGAGCUCCACUGUUUUACCAGCCUCUGGAGAAGAAAGAAGGCCAGAUCUACAUCUACACACUGACUGAUGAGAUGAAACUUGAAAGUAAACUGACUAUGACUGCACCAUCCAUGGGGAGAUUUGGCACCACCAUAUCCAGUCUUGCAGAUCUGAAUGGAGAUGGACUCCGAGACGUUGCUGUUGGAGCCCCCCUUCAGGAUUUUAACAGGGGGGUGGUCUACAUCUACCUUGGUGACAGAAACAUAGGGAUACGCAGCACUUUCAGCCAG